CCGUGCUCUGUUUGGCAAAUACAGACUCCGUCCGCGGACUGGCGCGACUAGUGCGUGCGCACGAACAUUCUAAAAGAACGUGAACUUGAGACGGAGAACACACCAACCACGAGUGCAUAUGAAGAUCUGCAACGGAGUUCGGAGUGUAACUAUAUUACGGAGUAAUUCAUUGAUUAUUUAAUUAAUUAAUUAAAAGUGCUGAGAAAAGUGCUUCGGCUGCGCGCGGGACGCUGACAUGGACGUGAUCCCGAUGUGCAGCAUCUUUAACGAGCUCCAGACAGUACAUGACACUGGAUAUUUCUCCGCACUCCCAUCCUUAGAGGACAACUGGCAGCAGACAUGUCUGGAGCUGGAGCGGUAUCUAUUGCGUGAGCCUUAUGUCGGCGCAGAGGAGUCUCUGUGGAGCCAGCUGGUUCUCUGCUGUGGAGGGUCGUCUGGAGGAGGAGGGGAGGCUGUCUCUGCGUCGGCCCCAGGCCCGAGCUCCCCUCCUGGGCAUGGUGAGGAGGCUGACCACCCCCCGGUGGUGCUGCAGGGAGGACUGGGCCCCGGCUCCGACACGGCCAGCGAGGCCUCGGACAGCUCCGAGGACGCGACCUCCGACCUGCUGCUGACCCCGGCCGAGGUGUCCGUGGAGACGGGCGACAGAGGGGAGAGGUCGUCGCCGGGGGCGACGGAGGGGAGGCGGAGAGUGCAUCGCUGCCUCUUCAGCGGCUGUCGGAAGGUGUACACCAAGAGCUCCCACCUGAAGGCCCAUCAGCGCACUCACACAGGUGAGAAGCCCUACAGGUGUUCAUGGGAGGGGUGUGAGUGGCGUUUUGCUCGUAGUGAUGAACUCACACGUCACUUCAGAAAACACACAGGAGCCAAACCCUUCAAAUGCUCCCAAUGCGACAGGUGUUUCUCGCGAUCUGACCAUCUGGCCCUGCACAUGAAGAGACAUGUCUAGUAUGACCAAGAAGAGUGUGUGUGUGUGUGUGUGUGUGAAGGGUGAAUGGAGAGGGAAGCUUAUGUGCAAUGUGUUUAUAUAGGUUAUCGUUUACCUGACAGACUAAGCUUUUAUUUUGUCUCUGUUUGCACCGCCUGAGAACCACUAGCCUGAGGACACACGCUCUCAGUGGGCGCUAGCAUUAGGCUAGUAGCGCUUGUGCUAGCCUUAGGAUAACAUGCUGUUAGUUGGUGCUAGCAUUAGGCUAGUAGCGCUUGAACUAGCCUUAGGAUAACAUGCUGUUAGUUGGCGCUAGUAUUAGGCUAGUAGCGCUUGAGCUAGCCUGAGGACACACGCUCUCAGUGGGCGCUAGCAUUAGGUUAGUAGCGCGUGAGCUAGCCUUAGGAUAACAUGCUGUUAGUUGGUGCUAGCAUUAGGCUAGUAGCGCUUGAGCUAGCCUUAGGAUAACAUGCUAUCCGUUGGCACUAGCAUUGGGCUAGUAGCGCUUGAGCUAGCCUUAGGACAACAUGCUGUUAGUUGGUGCUAGCAUUAGGCUAGUAAG